AUGCCACGCCCCAUCGUAGACAUUGGUCGGCUCGGCGCCACUUUUGCCAAUGGCUUGAUUGACACGGAUCUGCUGGACCACCGAGCCAAUGGCUUGAUUGACACGGAUCUGCUGGACCACCGAGCCAAUGGCUUGAUUGACACGGAUCUGCUGGACCACCGAGCCAAUGGCUUGAUUGACACGGAUCUGCUGGACCACCGAGCCAAUGGCUUGAUUGACACGGAUCUGCUGGACCACCGAGCCAAUGGCUUGAUUGACAUGGAUCUGCUGGACCACCGAGCCAAUGGCUUGAUUGACACGGAUCUGCUGGACCACCGAGCCAAUGGCUUGAGUGACACGGAUCUGCUGGACCACCGAGCCAAUGGCUUGAGUGACACGGAUCUGCUGGACCACCGAGCCAAUGGCUUGAGUGACACGGAUCUGCUGGACCACCGAGCCAAUGGCUUGAGUGACACGGAUCUGCUGGACCACCGAGCCAAUGGCUUGAGUGACACGGAUCUGCUGGACCACCGAGCCAAUGGCUUGAGUGACACGGAUCUGCUGGACCACCGAGCCAAUGGCUUGAUUGACACGGAUCUGCUGGACCACCGAGCCAAUGGCUUGAUUGACACGGAUCUGCUGGACCACCGAGCCAAUGGCUUGAUUGACACGGAUCUGCUGGACCACCGAGCCAAUGGCUUGAUCGACACGGAUCUGCUGGACCACCGAGCCAAUGGCUUGAUUGACACGGAUCUGCUGGACCACCGAGCCAAUGGCUUGAUUGACACGGAUCUGCUGGACCACCGAGCCAAUGGCUUGAGUGACACGGAUCUGCUGGACCACCGAGCCAAUGGCUUGAGUGACACGGAUCUGCUGGACCACCGAGCCAAUGGCUUGAGUGACACGGAUCUGCUGGACCACCGAGCCAAUGGCUUGAGUGACACGGAUCUGCUGGACCACCGAGCCAAUGGCUUGAGUGACACGGAUCUGCUGGACCACCGAGCCAAUGGCUUGAGUGACACGGAUCUGCUGGACCACCGAGCCAAUGGCUUGAGUGACACGGAUCUGCUGGACCACCGAGCCAAUGGCUUGAGUGACACGGAUCUGCUGGACCACCGAGCCAAUGGCUUGAGUGACACAGAUCUGCUGGACCACUGA